AUGGGCACCUUAUCGCAGGCUGACGAGGCCCAGCUCAAGGCCCAGCUCCAGGACGCCGUCAUUAGCUGCACCGAGCGCUGCCUCUAUCACUCGGCCAAAUGGGCUGCAGAACUGCUCGACUCUCUCCCUUCGCCUGACGACGAUGAUGGCUCAGACACGGAUGUCGACUCGCCCAUGUCUGACGCGCACCCACCACCAACACCAGCACCUGUGCCCAAAGACGCUACUGAAGCGCGUCUAGAAGCGCGUGAAGCCCACAAGUUCCUCCUUGCAAAAACAUACUUUGACUGUCGCGAAUACGAUCGAUGUGCCGCCGUCUUUCUCCCGGGGCCCUUGCCCAAGGGCGCGUCGAAUCCUUCUUCGACCCCAACGUCAAAGUCCAAGUCGGCCAAGGGAAAGGCCACCAUGUUUACCCCAACAAAGGGAAAACUGUCCAAUGAUACAGUCAAGGGCAUCAGCCAGAAGUCGCUCUUCCUGGCACUCUAUGCCAAGUACAUUGCGGGUGAGAAGCGCAUGAACGAGGAUAGCGAGAUGAUACUGGGUCCCCAAGAUGGAGGCGUCACCAUGAACAAAGAGUUACCAGUUGUUUCCGCUGUCCUGGACGAGUGGUUCAGAGAUCUCCCUAACAGUGGGCGGCAACCACAAGGCUGGCUCGAGUAUCUGUACGGCAUGGUGCUGGCCAAAGGAAAGAACGAGCAGCUUGCCAUUGACUAUUUGGUCAAGAGUCUUCAUCAAUACACGUACAAUUGGGGUGCAUGGCAAGAGUUGCAGGCACUGCUCAGCACUACCGAAGAUCUCAACCGAAUCGUCGCGCGUCUACCACAAAAUCUCAUGACCUUCAUCUUCCAUGUCACAUCCUCGCAAGAGCUAUACGUCGUCAGCGAGCAGAUACACUCGUCGCUGUCGCAGAUUCUCACCAUUUUCCCCACUUCGGCCUUUCUCAAGACCCAACGCGCUCUACUCCACUACCACAACAAGGACUUUGAUGAUGCCGAACAAAUCUUCUCUGACCUCCUCAUCUCCGAUCCCCACCGGGUGGACCAUCUAGACAACUACUCCAACAUUCUCUAUGUCAUGGGCAUGCGACCCAAACUUGCAUUCUUAGCCCAGCUGGCCACUUCCACAGACAAGUUUCGUCCAGAGACGUGUUGUGUGGUGGGCAACUACUACUCACUCAAAUCCGAGCACGAAAAGGCCGUCAUGUACUUUCGAAGAGCUCUGACACUCGAUCGCACCUUUUUGUCAGCAUGGACAUUGAUGGGUCACGAGUUUGUUGAAAUGAAGAACACCCAUGCCGCCAUUGAGUCGUACCGGCGGGCUGUCGAUGUCAACCGCAAAGAUUAUCGCGCAUGGUAUGGUUUGGGUCAAACGUACGAAGUGCUGGAAAUGCAUUCAUAUGCGCUCUUUUACCACCAACGCGCCGCUGCGUUGCGGCCGUACGAUCCAAAGCUCUGGAUGGCUGUUGGACAAUGUUUUGGCAAAGUCGGCAAGGUCAUGAAUGGAAUACGGUCAUACAAGCGUGCAUUGGUCGCUGGUUCCUACUACGAUGCAGGCGUCGGCACAUCGUUUGGUAGUGGCGAAGUCUCUGGACUUGCCGGGGGCGUCCUGGACCCCGAUGUGCUAUACCAAAUUGCGCUGCUCUAUGAGCGCAUAAAUAACAUGAACGAGUGUGCAGCAUAUAUGGAGCUUGUCCUUGCUCAGGAGGAAGGCCCCGAUUAUGAAGAAGCUGGGAUGGAGGGCGCAGGCGGUGUUGGUGUAACUGCUACAACAAGCAAAGCUAGGCUGUGGCUCGCACGUUGGGAGUACAUGCGUGGCAUGUAUCAAAGAGCAAUGGAGCUUGCGAACGAGCUUUGUCAAGACGGCGUGGAAGUCGAGGAUGCGAAAGCACUUGUACGAGACAUCAGGGCACGUAUGGAACGAGCAGGGGAGGAAGAAGAAGCAGAUUGA